AUGUUCUUCUGGUUGAGUCAGGUUCUGUUCACCGUAAGCUCGAUUUGCACCAAGCUAUCGGUGCUGCUCUUCUACCGCCGCAUGAUGAUGGACACCCUGGACCGACGAUGGAUCUACGCCCUUUGGGUCGCGCUUGGGUUCACCAUCUCUUACGGGAUAGCGAUCUUGAUUGGCCAUUUCUUCAUUUGUCAACCCCUGGAGGCAUUGUGGAACAUAAUGACUCCAGGCUUCGACAAAUCCUUCACUUGCAUCGAUUCCGCUGCGUUCACACUGGCAAGCGGGGUUCUCGGAACCGUGAGUGAUGGAUACGCUGUGGCGCUGCCGUGCUUGAUGUUGAGGAAUUACGAUCUUGAUGCCUCGAGAAGACAGAGGGUUGCUCUCAAUGUUGUGUUCGGCCUGGGUUUACUCGUGAGUGGCUGUGGCGUUGCGCGAACAUACUGGCUAUGGAAGACCAAUCAUACCCUUGGCCCUACGUGGAACAACUUUGAGCUGCUUGCUUGGACCAUUGCCGAAUGCCAACUUGGUGUAAUCUGUGCUUGCGCGCCGGCCUGGCGAGUCUUCUUCCGCCGUUAUCUUCGCGACAACCUCAGAAGGAGAUUUGGCAGCGCUCUUGGUAGCUAUAGCCAGGAUCAGAGUAAAGAAGUGGCCAUGGUCACCACAGCAACAACAGAACACGACACGCGAUCGUACGUCGAUCUUGAAGAUCUCGCGGUAGAUGCGGCAGGUAGAAUCGUUCCGGCCCAUACGUUGCGUGGGCCUACUGCUGCACGGCGAGGCAAUGACCAGAGGUCGGGAAGCAAAGGAGGUUCGUGUACUACUACAACAACAGAUGACACGCGAUCGUCCAUCGGUGUCCAAAAUCUCGAGACGGAUGCGGCAGACGGUGUGCAUCCGGCUUACACAACGAAUGAAGAGAACGGUGAAUGGAAAGGCAAUGGACAUGCCGCAAAUGGAAGCGAUGAGAAAUGUCCCACACCCACGAUUUCGAACACGGAGCAGUUUGAGGCAUAUGCGAUUGCAAGAUUGAGCCUGUUGAGCAAACACAAAUACCCGACGUUGGUCCAGGUGCCGGCGCCAAAGACAGACGAGGCUACGGGUUCACGACAAAAGUGCAAGGACAAAUAUGCGGUUUGA